GUCGUAGAAGCUGAAAAGAACGCAUUUUAAUUGAUGCGGAGCGGGUAAUCACCGAUAGCCGGAUGCAAAUCGGGACCAUGUGGACCUCUUCAAAAGCCACGAAAAAAGUGAUGUGGUCCUUAUCGCUCCUUUUAAUAUUUCAUCUGUGCCUCCUCGGCGGUACUUUCACCUUCCUUUCUACCCUAUCCUUUGUUCAGGAUGGUUCAUUUCUUGGACCUCCUCAAUGCCCAAGUCGCGGAUUCAUUUGUUGGACGAUGGUUCAAGCUAGAGGGAUCAGGACAUCCCAAAGAACGUGUUGGCUCUCGGUUUACAUCCGAGAUCCGAGCAGGUCUAACAACAUGGGCUGCUAUGGCUUACAUCAUUUCCGUAAACGCUUCCAUCCUGUCAGAUUCUGGGGGAACUUGCGAAUGUACUACUUCCGACCUCUGUGUGAACGACGCAGCCUAUGCCACCUGUGUUAACGAGGUCCGGAAUGACUUGAUCACCGCGACGGCCGCCAUUGCUGCGUUAUCCUCGUUCCUCAUGGGUCUUCUGGCCAACCUUCCCGUCGGAAUGGCACCUGGACUGGGUUUGAACGCAUACUUUACAUACUCGGUUGUGGGAUACCAUGGCUCCGGAAUAAUAACGUACAGAGAGGCACUGGCGGCAGUGUUUCUGGAAGGGUGGAUUUUCUUCAUUCUAUCCCUUCUGGGUUUGCGGCAAUGGUUGGUACGAAUCAUGCCUCAGUCAUUGGUUCUCGCCGUUGGCGCUGGUAUCGGUCUAUUCAUUGCCUUUAUUGGACUGAGUUCUUCCGGACUAUUCGUCAUCGGUGGUGACACUACCAACCUCGUCGGCCUGGGCGGAUGUAAAUCGGAGAACUUUGUCGAAGGCAUGGACAAUUACUGUGCGAGCGGAGUAUUGCAAAGCCCUACCAUGUGGUUGGGUAUCUUCCUCGGGGGAAUUUUCACGGUGCUGCUCAUGAUGUACCGUAUUCGUGGAGCGAUUCUCAUCGGGAUCUUCUUGGUCUCAAUCAUUUCUUGGCCAAGACCUACGGCUGUCACUUAUUUCCCGCAUACGGAUUCCGGGGACCAGCUUUUUGAUUACUUCAAGAAAGUUGUUACAUUCCACAAGCUGGAAAAGAUUGGUAACGCUAUUGAUUACAACUACGGAAAUGGUCAAGUGUGGUAUGCACUCAUUACCUUCCUUUAUGUCGAUAUCCUAGACACGACCGGUACACUAUACUCCAUGGCCAAGUUUGCCGGUCUGCGUGAUCCUGUUACACUCGACUUUGAAGGGUCAACCAUCGCCUACUGCGUAGAUGCGUUCUGCAUCAGCAUGGGGUCUCUCAUGGGUACAAGUCCGGUUACAGCGUACAUUGAGAGUGCGACCGGUAUCAGUGAGGGUGGGAAGACUGGUCUCACUGCCAUCACGACGGGUCUCGCAUUCUUUAUAUCCGUGUUCUUUGCACCGAUCUUCGCGUCAAUUCCUGGUUGGGCUACAGGAGGCGCACUUGUGAUUGUUGGGUCGCUCAUGAUUCGAAAUGUCCGUGAAAUCAACUGGGAUUAUAUUGGUGAUGCUGUCCCUGCUUUCCUUACGCUAUUGAUCAUACCUUUGUCGUACAAUAUCGCAUACGGAGUCAUCGCCGGCGUGUGUUCGUACAUCGUCCUUAACGGGGUCCCAUGGAUCCUUGGCAAACUUACCAACGGCCGUCUCCUUCCACCGACUAUCGAUGCUGCAGAAGAGUGGGUUAUCCCACCCGGCGGCAUUCUCCCGGCUUGGAUACGUAAAUUGAUUGGCAAACCCCUGGUGAUAGACGAGCAUGCGAUGGAGGAGAGGCGUGCGAGAUCAUCGGUGGAUACCGCGUCGCAAGACCAUGUUGUCGCGUCGAUCAAGGCCAGUGUGGAUGAGAAGUGAAAAUGUUUAUAGUAUCUAUGUCGUUUUAUAUUGUUGUUUCAGUUAUUUUUUCUUUGUUUUUCUAUAUAUUUUAUCUGUGUAGUAGGGACUGCUAUACCAACGAACUGUCAACUGUAACUCUUUGGAGAACAUUGUUUUUCUACGUUGAAGUG